AUGGUCUCUGACGAAUCGAACGAGUCCUACUUCACGGAUGAUGAAGCGACGAUGAACAUGUCCUUCCAAACUGCGAUGAAGGAAGCUGACCGCGCUGAAGGCAUGACACGAUUCAAGGACAUGCCAGAGCACCUCAUUGAACGGACACAAACUGGAAAGGUCAUCAAUGUACGACCGCCGUCACCGAACAGCCGCACGUCAACUUUGAGGAGAAGUGUCAGCGAAUUGGAAAAUGAACUGGAAGUUAACGAACGUCAGGCGGACAAGCGGAAACAGGAAUACCGAGAAAGACUGACGACACUUGAGAACCGCCUGUUUGAUCUGGAGCAGCAACAGGAUGACCUUCAAAGUGCCGCAGACGGUUGGAAAGUGAAAUAUGAAAGACAAAAGGAACUGGCCGAAGAGUACCUGAAAAUGGUUGAUGACAGAGAAAUGGAAGGUCAUCUUGCAGUCAGUGACCUUAAUGAGAGUUUGUCAGAAGAAUCAGCUGAAAGGUCACGGCACUUGGCAGAAUUGAAGGAUGAAUGUGGCUCAUUGAAACUUAAGGUCACUGAAGCGGAAGCUAAGAGAGACGAAUAUGCGGCUAAACUCGUCGACGCUACGCAGCGACUGUUGACAAACACCAAUGAAGUGUUUAAGCUCAGAAACGAAUUGAAGCUACGAGACGAGAGUAUCGGAACUCUUCAGAAAGAAUCACAGGACCAUCAGAGAAGAGCCGAUGACGCCGUCAAAGUGGCUAAGGACCUGCGCGAUCUAACAGCCACCGAACGCGCACGGUUGAGCAAUGAAAUCAGACAGGUCAUGGAGGAGAAUAAGGUGUUGAAAGAAAAUAUCGGAAAGGUCACCGAAGAGAAUACCGAGCUGAAGGAAGCCGCUAAGACAUCUGCCGAACAGGGCAUGAGAUGGGAACACGAAGCACACCUCUUGGACGUAAAGGUCACGGCACUUGAACUGAAAGAUAAAGAGUGGCAACAGUCGGUUCAUCAGAAGACACAAGAGAUCAUCAGACUCAACACGGAGCUGAUCGAUAUGACCCAAACGGUAAUGACAAGGGAAGAUGAGGUCACCCAAACAAAGGACCAGCUGAAAGCGGCAGCCGAUGAGUAUUCGAAACUGGAGAGAGACGUGACCCAGUUGGCGGAACACAUUGCAAAAGUGGAGAAAGAUACUGAAAAGGUCAUCCAGGACAAAACGCUUCAAUUACAUCAGCACAUGUCGAAGGUCAACCAAGAGAACCAGAACUUGAAGAACGAGAAAGAACAAUCCGACUUAAGGAUUAAGCGUCUCGAAGAUGAGAAUAAAGCCCUUCAAAUGUCCAACAAGCAUAAAGAUGAACAGCUCCUACAACAUGGAGUUAGAGCAGCGACAGUGGAAUCACCGCCGCCCAGUUACAGCAAGGCGCAUGAAACGGGCACGGGCAAAAGCUUUCACUUUGACAUGCCACUACGAACUGGCACUGGUAAAGGAAGCGUCAAAGCGGAAAGAGACGGUGAAAAGGGCAAAGAUGACAAAGAGCCACCAUCAGGAGGUUACCCACAUUCGAGCAAUGCCGAUCCUUCCCAGUUUCCCCCGCAUAUGGAAACGAACAUCUUCAUAGAUGAAAGGCAAAGAGACAGACCGUCUAGCCGACAAGAGCGCCCAAGGAAAUCACGUUAUGGAAAAGCGAGACGAAACCAAAACGAUGAUGAAAAUAGCGAAGAAGACGAUGACCAGAGAGCAGAAAACACAGCGGUGCAAUUGACAAAAGCGCUCAACUCGAUGGCUAGGAAAACACCACUCAUGACCCUUGAUGGCAGUCGUGACACUGUGAGUGGAUGGACAGGACUGGUAAAAGAAACCCAAAGAACCUACCAGCUAACGGACGACCAAAUUAUGAUCGAGAUUGCUAUUGCGGUGAAAGGUCCUGCCAAAACUUGGUUCGAAGGCGAAAAGGACAUCGCAGCAGAAGACGGAAUUGAACACUCAAUAACUGAAUGGAUGGAUAAAUUCAAAGAUGAAUACGGCGACAGAGACGAAGAAGUCUUAGGCUUACGUGAGGCCUAUGCAAGGAAAUUUGAACUCGGGAAGGAAUCGCUUGACCAGUACUACCAGGCGAUGAUGCGCUUCAAGGCAAAAAAGAUCAUCACCGAAAAGCAAGCAGUCGGCUUCCUAAUUGAAGGAUGUAGAGUGGACAACGAACUCUACAAGGCACUGCGUAUACAGAAGUGCAAGACGCCAACGGACGUGAAGGACUUCUUCCGACAUUGGGCAACGGGCGAAGAAAAGUACAAGGCGCCGAAAGGCCAACGUAAUCAGGAAUACGUGACCAUCCGGCAAGGCCAAGUUGAAAAUGUACCGCAACAGAGGAUGGCGGCUGCACCAGUCCAACAGCCAGUAGAAUGCCGUGUGGAGACUCCGGUCAGAGAGGUCACAGAAAAGGUGACCUUUAUCGACAGUCAGACGGGUCAACCGAUAACAUACUCGAUGGUGGCGGCGAUACAGGCAGCAGCUCAAUCACGGGACUUAUCACAAGCACUGCAAAAGUAUUCCACUGCAGAGGCACUGGAAAUAAAGACGAAAGUCAGAAGAUUGAAAGUGGAAAAGGCUAGAAUGUCGAAAGAUGUGAUCAAAAAUUCAAACGACCUCAAACAGAAAGGCAGUUAAGGUCAUUCCUUGGACUGGCAGAUUAUUAUCGCAAGUUCAUAAUGGGAUAUGCACAGAAGACCUGCCACUUGUAUGAAUUGCUGAGACAAGAUAAGCACGUGAAAAAGG